UCUCGGUCACAAAAUGGUGUCAAUAAUUUGCACUCUGCGAGACCACACAGACGAGCUCAGCAGCUGCGCCUUCUCUCCAUCUCUCCUGGCGACCUGCUCCGCUGAUAAAACGCUGCGUGUUUAUAACACAGCGGACUUCUCGGAGCUUCCCUUCUCUCCUCUCUCGGGCCACGGCUACGGGGUUCACUGCUGCUGCUUCAGCUCCUGUGGCAGCUUCCUGCUCAGCUGCUCCACAGACGGAUCCGUCAUCGUGUGGAGCUCGGGCACAGGUGAGGUGGUUGCGGUGUUACAGCACCCGAGCCGCAGCCCGCUCCGAGUGUGCGCACUGGCAUUAGACUCCUCCCUCGUGCUGGCAGGGGCCUGUGAUGGCACCGUGGCCCUCUGGGACUUCCCUUCCAAGACAUUACGGAGAUGCAGCUCCGUAAGCGAGGCCAGUGUCGUGGCUUGCUGUUUCUCUCCAUGUGGUCAGUUUGUCGUGACUGGCUGCACCAACGGAGACCUUAAACUGUGGGAUGUGGACAUCAGCCUCCUGCAUGCUGAGAAGGACGCCCAUGACCUGGGAGUGACCUGCUGCAGCGCUGCAUCCCAGCUUGAAGUUGAUGGCUGCUGUGUGGAGUUUCGACUGGCCUCCUGUGGACAGGACAGCCAGCUGAAAAUAUGGAUUGUUUCCCAGCGUGAAGGAGCAGCCUGCAUCAUGACCCUCCUUCACACACUCACCAGCCAUUCGGCUCCAGUCCUGUCUUGUGCCUUCUCCUCUGACGGAGAUCUGGUCGUCUCAGGUUCAGUGGAUAAAAGUGUUACAAUAUAUGACGCGAACCUGGGAACCCUGCUAAACACUUUGAAACAACACAACAGGUACGUGACUGCUGUAGCUCUGUCUCCCACCAAGCCGUGGAUUGCAACCGGCUCCAUGGACAGAACAGUGAACGUGUGGAGAAUAGGAGAUGGAGACAGCAGAACUGCAGCUGAAUCAAGACAGACAGUGUGCCAAGGAAGGAAGUUGCCGGGUCACUCCAGGCUGCUGGUUGCUGAUUGGUCGGAGCAGGAUGUGCAGACCUGGCUGCGUGAGGAAGGACUGGAGGAGCUUGUCGGCAACUUUAAAGCCAACAACAUUGACGGACCAGAGCUCAGCUAUCUGAACAAGGAAACAGCCGCAGAGUUGGGCAUUGAGUCUGUGGGCCUCCGUGGUCGCCUCCUGAGGAAAAUCGAGGCCUUGAAGGCAGAGCAGAGCGGCUCAGAGGCCCCCGACGAGUUUCUGUGUCCAAUCACCAGAGAGCUGAUGAAGGAUCCAGUCAUUGCUGCAGAUGGAUAUUCCUAUGAGCGAGAAUCCAUUGAGAGCUGGAUCAGAGGCAAGAACAAAACCAGCCCCAUGACAAAUCUGCCCCUACAGACCACACUCCUCACCCCCAACAGGUCUCUGAAGAUGGCAAUAACACGAUGGAAGACGAGCCAGUAGACAGCAGCUCAUUUUAGCUUGUUUGUCAGAAUCCACCAGAAUCCAACAGGUACUUUAUCAUUAAACAGUACUGGCUCAUCUGAUAACCAGUCCUCUGAUUACCAUUUAAAGUAAAUGGUAAGUAAGUAAGUAAUUAUUAUAAUACAGUUGACAAAAUAAUCUGAAUCCGAUGUUUCACAUAAGAUAUCUGAAAAAAGAAAUAACAUUAAUAUCUUUCUUAAAAGUGCAAAGUUGAAUUCAUGACUACUGAAACAGUCUUGCUCUAAAUGGUACACCAAGGUUUCACUGCUACACCCUACCUCAUCCACUAAGACCAAUAGCUUGCAGUAGCUAAUGUUAGCUAAUUUUAGCCAAAUUUAGAUAUGACUGAGAUAGAUCGCUGACAAUAUGACUCUUGCCAGUUACACUACAUUUAAUUAUGUCACAGACAAUAAUUUGAAUGUUUUUAUCACAAAUGUAAAACAAGAAAAUCACACACUGCAUGUACCUCGCCUGAAAUGAAUGGAAAUUCAAUGUGACAUUAUGCUGUUUGCCACCUGUGGUCUCUCUUCAGCAGAACCUUUAUAGUCCUGCUUUAAAUACUGAAACACUGCAUGGUCUAUAGGCUUUUUGGCAGUGACAAAACAGCUGCUUAAUGUUUACAUAAUAAUUAAAUGUCCUCUUAAGUUAAGCAGUCUUAUGUUUUAGAAUAAGUCAGCAGACUUGAUUGUUUUUUCCUCAGAGGGUCUU